UGCAGCAGCAGCGCUUCCGCUUGUGCUGUGAGAGCUGCAGUUGUGCGAGCGGUGCUCACCGAAGACAUGUUCACUCACUCCCGCUGUCUCACCCGCAGCCUCGGCCGCUCCAUCACCGCCCUGCGACAGGGUAACAGUGGUCUUGCAAGAGGGGCUACAUCAGGUAUUUCAGCUAGUCAAUGUAUCACCUUCAAGAACAGUCCGAGAUGUGAGACCCAGUCAAGUGUCUAUCAAAUCAGAUACUUCAACACAACUGCAGCUCGUAGGAAUGAAGUUAUCACAGUUAACACACCGGCAUUUGCAGAGUCUGUCACAGAGGGAGACGUGAGGUGGGAGAAAGCUGUUGGAGACACUGUCUCUGAAGAUGAGGUUGUGUGUGAAAUUGAGACUGAUAAGACGUCGGUGCAGGUGCCCUCCCCCGCUGCAGGAGUGAUCGAGGAGCUGCUGGUACCUGAUGGUGGGAAAGUGGAAGGAGGAACUCCUCUGUUCAAACUCAAGAAAGGAGCGGGAGCUGCUAAGACAGCGACAGCACCUCCUCCUGCAGUUGAGUCUCCUGCAGCGGCCGCGACGCUGCCUCCUCCUCCUGCUGCUGCCACUGCAGGCCCCAUCCCCACCUCAAUGCCCCCAGUGCCCCCUGUGCCAGGACAACCCAUCCAGUCCAAACUAGUUUCAGCCAUUAAACCCAGUGUAGCUCCUGCAGCAGCGGCUGUAGACACUGGAGCCAAACCGGCCCGAUCAGAACACAGGGUGAAGAUGAACCGCAUGAGGCUGAGAAUCGCUCAGAGACUGAAGGAAGCUCAGAGCACCUGCGCCAUGUUGACAACCUUCAAUGAAGUGGACAUGAGCAACAUAACAGAGAUGAGGAAACAAUAUAAAGAUGCUUUCCUGAAGAAACAUGGCAUUAAACUGGGCUUCAUGUCGGCGUUUGUUAAAGCUGCUGCAUACGCCCUGACAGAUCAGCCUGCUGUUAAUGCUGUCAUUGAUGAUACAACCAAAGAGAUUGUGUAUCGGGAUUAUGUGGAUAUCAGUGUGGCAGUCGCUACACCAAAGGGUCUCGUGGUGCCGGUAAUCAGAAGUGUGGAGGGAAUGAACUUCGCCGACAUUGAGAAAACCAUUAAUGAACUGGGAGAAAAGGCUCGUAAAAAUGAGCUGGCUGUGGAGGAUAUGGACGGCGGCACGUUUACCAUCAGUAAUGGAGGAGUGUUUGGAUCCAUGUUCGGAACGCCGAUCAUCAACCCUCCACAGUCGGCUAUUCUGGGCAUGCACGGCAUUUUCGACAGGCCUGUGGCUGUUGGUGGGAAGGUUGAGAUCAGGCCGAUGAUGUACGUGGCUCUGACAUACGACCACCGUUUGAUUGACGGCAGAGAGGCGGUCACUUUCCUCCGAAAGAUCAAAUCUGUGGUGGAAGACCCUCGAGUGCUGCUGCUAGAUAUGUGAAGAGAUGUGGAACAUGAACGAACAGACAACUCUUUCCUCACACAAAAGUUAUCUCGCACAGAAUGGUUAUAACCACACAACAUCCCACAUCUGCAUUUGAAUUCUGUGUCAAUAAACAAGGGGAAGAAAUGUCUGUUUGGAUUUGCAUCGAUUAGACUCAUGUUAAGUUGUUUUAUGAUAUAAUGUCUGCCAGGGAUUCAGAAUAUAACUGUGUGUUGCCCCCACAGGAAAGCUACAUGCUUCUCGCUGUCCUUAUUGCAUAAUUGUAUGUACAAUUAAACGCACAGAAUCCAUGCAAUUGUUUGUUCUCUAAAUGGCAAAUGAAUUAUAGUAAUAUACAGUAUAUCAUAUUUAAUAUUUUCAUUGUAAAACCAAAAACGCUAUGUUCCAGUGUGUCAGUUUCAGGUGUUUGUUUUUGUACACUUUGUAGUAAACAAGACCACAUGUCACGCACAACUCCAGAGGAACAGAUUCUGUCUACCCUGUGUAAAGAACCAAAACUAUAUAAGAAGGAAAAAAGAUUUUAAACAAUAAAUGAAUGAAAUGCU